UGGCUUUCAAUUUUAUCUUUAUUUCAGGUUAGUUUAUUAUGUGAAUUACUAACAGUGAAGAAUAAACCCAAUCAAGAUGGGGACGGAGAAGUUUUGUCUCAAGUGGAAUGACUUUGAAAGUAAUAUAAGUCUCGCAUUCCGAGAAAUCCGUGAUGAAAAAGACUUUUUUGACGUAACUCUGGCAUGUGAUGAUGAUCAGCUUCAGGCCCACAAGGUGAUACUGAGUGCCUGCAGUCCAUUCUUUAGAAACAUCCUGAAAAGAAAUCCACACCAGCAUCCGCUCUUGUACCUGAAAGGAGUCAAGUACUCUGAUCUUCAAUCAGUUUUAAACUUCAUGUAUCAUGGUGAAGUUAAUGUUGCUCAGGAUGAACUCAACUCUUUCCUCGCAGUUGCUGAAGAACUCAGAGUCAAGGGUCUCACACAGAAUAAUGGAUCUCAGAGUGCCAAAGGGCGCGAACCUGUUUCAAAAUCUCCCCCUCCUAUUAAAUCUAAUGCCCGCCCAUCAGAACGUGACUCCGGUCCACCGCCAAAACGUCCCCGCCCUACCCCUCCCACACAGAUUACCCCGCCUGACGAUGAUGAUAUCCAAGAGGUAGUUCCUGUGAAAUCUGAACCUCGUGAUUCUAGUGCUGUGAUUUCUACACCCGGAGAUAUGUACCAACCCUCCUCCAACCAACAGUCCCUCGCACUGACAGAAGAGGACGACUACGGGCAGGACGAGAGCUACGACGACUACGGACAAUACGGCGACGGAUCUUACGACGGACAGAUGAUGGACCCUUCAAUGGCUGGCGGCGCGGAUGGAAAUAAAGGAUUAGUAGGCGGGGAGAACCUGCUCCUAGUCCCAGAUCCAACUGAGAACUUGGUUCAGGUUGAUCUGGAGGAUAAAAGAUCUCCAUGGAAAUGUCUCAUCUGCUUAAGGGAAUUCUCCACUAAAUGGAGUGGAUGUCGGCACCUUCAUAAAAUGCAUUCCGGCCCUGAGACUAAAGCUAGCGUUGAGGUUCUUCUUGGAGAGAAACUGGAGAUAAAAGAGGAAGUGGUGGAGAUUGAAACUGUUUGUUUAGAUCCGGAGGAAGAACUUGUACAAAAAGAUGAUGCUUGGGAGUGUAAACUCUGCUUUAAGGUGUCCAAGCCAUACCACACUGCCAGGGUUAGUUUUUCUUUAAUAUUAAAAAAAAUUGAUUGGUCGAAAAAAGUUAAAGUCUUAUUAUUGUACUCUGAGCAGGACCAUAUUUUGGCGCACCUGGCUAUACCUGGUGGGUUGACCUGUCUCCAGUGCGGACUUAACUUCACCAGCAGGAAUAUGUUCAGUCUUCACAUGACCUCAGAGCACAAGAGCUUUAAACGCUGGUAGAUCAGAUCUCGUUGAAAUCUACAGUUUGUUGUAAAAAUUGGAUAUAUUUCUGAUGUUUGAAAUAUUUAACUGUCCUCUAUAAGACAAAACUGAUGUACCUCGUAUAAUUUUAAAUUAUAAAUUUAAUGUUAAAAUAAACAUAAAACUGUAAA